CUCAGAGCGGCGGCUCGAGCCCAACGGCCGCCCGGCGCAGGCGGCGGCCUGCGGGAGCCGCUCGGCGUGGCUGCGUGGGACGUAACAGCGGCGCGAGGCUGGUGGAUUCGGUGCAUGUGACAGCACUGCAGCAAUGAGUGGAAUUUUAAAGAGGAAGUUUGAAGAAGUUAGUGGCACCUCGCCUUGCGCCUGUGUGUGGGAUUCGGAUGAUGAUAUUUCUAGCAGUGAAAGUGCUGAUAGCGGAAGCAGUGGCCACCCAUCAGCUUCUAAUCGUUUUACCCGUCCAGAGGCUUUGUUCGACCCUUCCCAGCUCAGAGCAGCUCGAGGUGCAUGUGACAGCAUUGCAGCAAUGAGUGGAAUUUUGAAGAGGAAGUUUGAAGAAGUUGAUGGCUCCUCACCUUGUUCCUCUGUACGGGAAUCAGACGAUGACAUUUCUAGCAGUGAAAGCGCUGACAGUGGUGAUAGUGUCAAUCCAUCCACUUCUAACCAUUUUACCCCUUCUUCCAUCCUGAAGAGAGAGAAGCGGAAGAGAACAAAAAAUGUCCAUUUUAACUGUGUCACUGUGUAUUACUUCACAAGAAGGCAAGGCUUCACCAGCGUUCCCAGCCAAGGGGGAAGCACGCUGGGAAUGUCCACGCGCCACAACAGUGUGCGCCAGUACACGCUUGGAGAGUUUGCGAUGGAGCAGGAGAGGCUUCACCGGGAGAUGCUGCGAGAGCACCUGAGAGAAGAAAAACUCAAUUCUCUAAAAUUAAAGAUGACAAAGAACGGUACAGUGGAAUCUGAAGAGGCUAAUACGCUGACACUGGAUGACAUUUCUGAUGAUGAUAUUGAUCUGGACAACACUGAAGUGGAUGAGUAUUUCUUUCUACAACCCCUGCCAACAAAAAAGCGAAGGGCACUGCUGCGAGCCUCUGGAGUGAAGAAGAUUGAUGUGGAAGAAAAACAUGAGCUGCGGGCCAUCCGGCUGUCCAGAGAGGAUUGUGGCUGUGACUGCCGUGUGUUUUGUGAUCCAGAAACUUGCACUUGCAGUCUUGCAGGCAUAAAGUGUCAGGUGGAUCGUAUGUCUUUUCCAUGCGGUUGCACUAAAGAAGGGUGUAGCAAUACAGCAGGUAGAAUUGAAUUUAAUCCUAUCCGUGUACGGACUCACUUUUUGCACACAAUAAUGAAACUUGAAUUGGAGAAAAAUAGAGAACAGCAAAUUCCAUCACUAAAUGGCUGCCACAGCGAGAUAAGUGCACAUACUAGUUCUAUGAGUCCGGGACCCCAUCCGGUCGAAUAUUCAAUUGCAGAAAAUUUUGAGAUUGAAACUGAACCUCAGGCUGCAGUUAUGCAUUCUCAGUCAGCCGAGGACUUGGACUGCCCUGGGGAAGAGGAGGAAGAGGAAGAUGGGAGUAGCUUUUGUAGUGGAGUUACUGAUUCUAGCACUCAGAGUUUAGCCCCUAGUGAAUCAGAUGAUGAUGAAGAGGAAGAGGAAGAUGAGGAAGAUGAUGAGGAAGAAAAAGCAGAUGACUUUGUAGAAAGUAUGAGCUCCCAUGUUGACAUGGUGCCUCUUCCUUCUGUCCUUUGCUACUCUGAUGGAACUGCUGUGCAUGAAAACCACUCUAAAAAUGCCUCAUACUAUACUAACUCUUCAAAUCUAUAUUACCAAAUAGAGAACCAUGUUGCUGGCACUGCUAACCAGAUUGGUGAGACUUACUCAGAAAGGGAUGCUGUCAAGAAUGGCAGUCUUUCUCUGGUGCCUUACAGCAUGACUUCAGAACAGUUUGUUGACUACACUCGGCAAUCAGAGGAAACUUUUAGCAGCCCUCAUUACCCUUCUGCAAACCCCUCAGUGAUUGUCUGCUGCUCAUCUUCUGAAGGUGAUAGCAGUGCUCCGUGUAACAGUUUAUACACUGAGCAUAGGCCAAGUCACUCUCAAGUGGAAUUUCACUCAUUCUUGAAAGGUCCUUCUCAAGAUGGAUUUGUUUCAGCUUUGAAUGGCGAGAGUGGUGUACAAGAGCACCCUGCCGAGAAUUCACUAGUCCUCUCAGAAAAGAGUAGACUGCACGAAGAGUGCAUCAAAUCACCAGUGGUAGAAACAGUACCUGUUUAAUAUUAAAAUUAUUCUAAGACUGACUUCCUGUAAUAAAAUGCACUCAAAUUGGAUUUCCUAGAAUGUUAACUUUUUUUUUUUAAGAGGUAGACAACACUUGGGCUAUAGUCAAUGUUCCAGACACACCUUCAAGCUACAUUGCCAGAGGCACUGCACAGAAUCAGUUCAUGUAAAGAUUAAAAAAAGCAAACCAACGUCAGACUGUCUUUGAUAAAAGUAAAACACGUAAGUAAAAAACCACAUCUAACAUAUUUCAAAGUAGCCUACCUGU